ACUUCUGUAAAUCACCUUUUACCAAAGGAGUUCUCGGCCAUCUGUUUUAAGAGUUGUUAUUUAUCAUGCUACUCUUCCCGCACCACACCACUGAGGAUACUGCUGUUCUCUUUAAGUUUUUUAUUUAAGAGCUACCUUUUGUGGUCUGAUUCUGUCUGGACCAUCCUGAGGAGGAAGAAUCUCGGAAUGUUAGCAAACCAGUUAGCUAUCUAUCUGGAGUUUUUGGGCAACGUUAAGAUAUCCUUUCAAGGACAGGAAUGACUACAGGAUCACUUCUCAUGUGGAAAAGGCACCAGCAUUGCUUUUGAAAUGCCUAGAAAUACCAAAAGAGCAAAUAAACACUCAGCGAUGCAAAGGAUACAAAGAAUGGAGUCAAAACCCUCCAGAAUUCCUCGAAGGAUAUCUGUUCAGGCUUCCAGCUCUUCACUAGGAUCUAGAACAUUGACUGGAAACAGUUUAGCCGGUGCAUAUAGUGCAAGAGAAUCUUCACGGAGAUUAGAAUCUGGAUACCAGGAAUCCAGUGUAUUGAAUAGUUCCAGUAGAGACUGGGGAAUUGGAGAAAGAGACACCCAUGAAACUCCUUGGAAGCUUACAACGUCCUCUCCAACACGCUACUCAGGGACACUUGAUCAUCCACAUUCUGGAAGAUUUUUGGGAAGCAGAAGCAGAUUGUCUACAUCUUCUUCCUCUCAUUUUACAUCUGGGUGUUAUGGUGAGUCUGAGAGAACUCAGGGAGCAUAUUCAAGACUGCAUAGCCAGCAGCGAGAUAGUGAUUCAAAGAGACCCAAGCUAUCCUGUACAUCUACCUCUUCUGUGAGAAGUAAUGGCUUGACUGCCUUUUCAGAUUCCUCUUGGAGGUACAGUAGGAUUCCUAGAUCUUCAUCAGUGAUGCUUGGUUCCCUUGGAACUGAGCUGGUGAGAGAGCGAAGAGAGUUAGAAAGAAGAACAGAUCUGUCGGUUAAUAACCUGGUGGAUCACAGCUACAGAAACAGUGACUUUUCAUCUUCAACAUAUCUUCAAGACAGGCCUGCCUCUUCAUAUGCAGAGGGAGCAAGACCAAAAGAGAACUCGUUAAGCACUUUGAGGCUGAAUGCAUCCAUGAACCGCCAGUUGCCUUCUGAUCAUCAGCCAUCUUUUUUCAACAGAGACUCUAACAUGAGCUCUUCAAGAUCCAGCUAUUCUUCAAGACAAAGGAGAAAUGAAUUGGAAUCUCCCCAGAGGAACAUGCAGCCAGCAUUUUCUCUUUCUGCCAUUAGAGAUGAAACUCCUUCCUCAAGUGGUUCUGAAAGGGUUUUAUCUUCUCAGAGGUCAUUGAAUGAGCCUGCAGCUGACAGUGAAGGGAGGCGCACAACCAGACAGCUGCUGUCUCGUUUAGCAUCUAGUAUGUCAUCUACAUUUUUCUCUCGAAGGUCUAGCCAAGACUCAUUGCAUACAAGAUCAUUAGGCUCUGAAGAGUCAACGGUGGUCCCAAGAGUUCAGGCAUCUACUCUGUCAAGCAGUAAUGGAGCUGCAACUUCGGAAGUUCCAGGACUUCAGACAUCUGAAGCUUCUCAGGGAUUUAGUUUUCUUAGACGAAGAUGGGGUUUAUCAGGAGUUUCACAAAAUCAUAACUCUGAUUCAGAUGGGGAAAGUUACAGACCAGACUCUGAAAGUAGGAGCACAGGAUCCUGGUUAUCAUCAUCUUUGAGGAACAGAUGUACACCUCUCUUUUCCAGAAGAAGAAGAGAAGGAAGAGAUGAAUCCACAAGGAUCUCUACCUCUGAUACAACUGCCAGAUCACAACAUGUCUUCAGAAGAAGAGAGUCAGCUACUGCCUCCCCACCAGAUUCAGCCCACAGUAGGAGAAGUUCUGGAAUUCUGCCUGGUUCUCUCUUUCGCUUUGCAGUGCCUCCAACAUUAGGAAACAGUCUGUCUGACAAUCUUAUGAUAACUGUAGAUAUUAUUCCCUCUGGCUGGAAUCAGUCUGAUGGACAAGAAAGUGGCAAGUCUAAAAUAACACCUUCAAGAGAUCCGGAAAGACUCCAGAAAAUUAAAGAGAGCCUGCUUUUAGAAGAUUCUGAAGAUGAAGAGGGUGACUUAUGCAGAAUCUGUCAGAUGUCCUCUGCAAGUUCUGACAACCUUUUAAUAGAGCCAUGCAAAUGCACUGGAAGUCUGCAGUAUGUUCACCAGGAGUGCAUGAAAAAAUGGCUGCAGUCCAAGAUUAAUUCAGGUUCUUCUUUGGAAGCCGUAACAACUUGUGAACUGUGCAAGGAGAAGUUGCAUCUGAAUCUGGAAGACUUUGACAUUCAUGAACUCUAUAGGGCACAUGCAAAUGAACAAGCAGACUAUGAAUUUAUCAGCUCUGGUCUCUACCUUGUAGUGUUGUUACACUUAUGUGAGCAGCGCUUUUCUGAUAUGCUAGGAACUGCAAGUGAGGCCAGUACACGUGUCAGGCUUCUGAGGAUGAUUCUGAAGACUAAUGCUGGUAGAACUUUCAUACUGCAAGAGACAAAUGGAAUUGCUGCAGAAAUGUUGAACUGGCAAGAACAACAUCAACAUGCAUUUGUUUUUUUCCUCUCCUUAGUAAAAAGCGCAUUGAAUAUUACUGUAGUUUUUGAAGCAUUGUUGAAUUCAAAAUCAACUGCUGCACAGUGGAACUCAGUGGACUUGAGAACUACUCAGCAUGUGCGAGGAUUAGAUACAUGUAAAGCAACUUCCCUUUUUAAAUGAGGAGGAUGAUGUGCUUUGUUUUGGAAGACAUCAGAUUUUGAAUAUUUAAGGAAGCUAUUCUCUCCCUUUAUGUUUCCUUCUUACUGUAGUCAGAUUUCUGGUUUUGUCUAUCGAGUUUUGCUCCUCUACUGGCACUAAGUGGUUAUAGUGGGUUUCAGGG